AUGCCAGGUAAACUUUCUGAGGAUUCUUGUUUGUCGUCCUCAAAAUUAGAUACAGAUGCAGAAGGAGGUGAUGUUCUUUCUCUAGUUAAGCUGACGGGGAGUGGCUUGCUUCUCUUUACCUUUCCUAGGGACAAUUCUGCUGACGUUGUUGAUAUUGUGUCAAACAUUGCUCAAUCUCUGGAAUCUGGAAGUUUGAAGUCACCACUGGGGAUGAAGGGGCAGGAAUAA